AUGAACAAGCCAGCGAAUUAUUCCUGCUAUAUGUAUCGUGUUGAGUUUGAAUACGUGAAGGUGGAAGUACUUAGCACACAUCCCAUUCUCCUUGUUUAUCAUCAGUUUGCAACGACGCAAGAAAUAAAAGCUUUUUUGACGGAUGCAGAUUCCAAGGAGAUGAAGAUGCUUAAGGUUACUGAUAGCGAAGGCAACCUCAUUUUGAACAAAGGUCGCCAAGCAAACGGUACUAGUAUGAAACAUGAAGAAACUAAAGCGGUUGGAGCAGUCUUUCGAAAGAUUGAGAAAUCUAUUCCUGCAGUGGAUUUCCGAAGAAGCGAAGCUUGGCAGGUCUUGUCGUACUUACCCGGUGGUCAUUAUGCUCCCCAUUAUGACUUUUUCAACUACACUUCAAAAGAACAUCGGGAUCAAUUUACGCGAGAUUUCGGGGACCGUUUCGCAACUCUGCUUCUGGUUUUGCAAACGGCAAAAGGAGGCGGAGAAACUGUUUAUCCAUAUCUGUUCCGUACAAUUACUCCUAAACCUGGAGAUGUUCUUUUUUGGACCAACUUAGACAAACUAGGAAAUGGUGUGAGUUUAUAA